AUGAAGAUGUAUGGUGAUCCAGGAAAAAGAUUAUUAGAGAUACCAGAACAAGUUUAUCCGAUUCUGCCACAACCAUGGUGGAAGAGUACUCUGAAUGCAAUGCAAAAUAAUCGAUUGUAUGUUUUUGUGUUAGUAAUUCUUAUUGGUACUGGUAUUGCAAUUGCUUUUAUCAACCGUGACACGGCACAUCAGCAGAACGAUAUCAUUACCGACAAUCAAGGAUGGAUCAUCCUUAAAUCACUUGGCUGGAACACAAAAUACGCGGCUGAUGAUCAGAAUACAUACAAUGAUGGUAUACAACAGUAUCAAUCGAUGAAUAAUAAGAAGUCUCAACUACAUGAAAAUGUCAAUCAUAUGAAAUAUCAUCAUCCACCUACUUCCGAUGACAGCCAAAAAUUAUCUCAACGUUUUCAUCCUGUCAAUAAUCAUCGUCGAUCUCGUGCAUUAUCACAAAAUAGCAAUUCUAUUACGACAACAGAAAACAAUCUUUCAUAUCAAACAACAACACAAACAUCGACAUCAACUACUAGUAAAAUCGCUACAACAAGCGGAAUGAAUACAACAACUAAUGGUGUCGAAAUUAAUCUAACAUUAUAUAUUGAUACAAUAUAUCCCUAUGGAAAAUCGAACAAAGCAAUAAUUUCGGCAAAUUAUUCAUUUCCAGGCCCACCCAUUGAAGCUUAUGAAGGUGAUAUAUUAGUGAUUCGAGUAAUUAAUCAACUUGAUGUUCCUACAACGAUGCAUUGGCAUGGACUUUAUCAGACGACUACUCCUGAUAUGGAUGGAGCAGUUGGUAUUACUCAAUGUGCUAUACCUCCAAAGAAUGAAAUGAUUUACAAAUUUAAAGCAGAACCAGCGGGAACAGCUUGGUAUCACGGGCAUCUUCUAGAGCGAUAUACAGAUGGAUUGUAUGGUCCAUUAAUAAUUCAUCAACGAAAUGAACCAAAUCAAGAUAAAUAUGAUAGUGAACAAGUAUUAAUGGUAGCCGACUGGUAUAAUCUACAAGCUCAUACUCAAUUACUUCCAUGGUAUUUGAAUCCAAAUAAUACAGAUGGUAAUGAACCUUCACCAGAUGCUAUUGUUGUGAACGGAAAAUUUACUGAAGCUUUAACGAUUUCAGUUUCGAAUUCAGCACGUAUUCGAUUUCGAAUUAUUAAUACUGCUGCAUUCUCAAUGUAUACUGUUUCGAUCGAUGGUUUACCAUUGCAUAUCAUUGAAUUAGAUCAAGUAGAUACUUUACCAUACACUGUCAAUAGUUUUAAUAUUAACGUAGCUCAACGUGUUUCAUUUUAUAUUGAUUUAAGUGAAUUAAGUUUAGAAUAUACUGCUUCCGGUAAUUUAUCAACAAGUGCGAUUUAUAUACGAUUUCAAGCGAUGCUAUCAAUGUAUCCUGUUGAUAUUCUCAACUAUAUUCCUCCUUAUGAACAACAACGUUAUCCAUAUCCAACUUUUUUUAAUCCAUUAUAUCUCGCUAUUUUGUCGUUCAAUGGAACUAAUUCUACACCAUCAUAUACUGCCAGUAGCACAACUCCAGCAUUGCAAAAUACUGUUACUCCAAUUGAUACUAAUAUUUUAGCUGCUCGACCAUUUUACCAGAAUACUACUGGAAUUCCGAAUGCAACCUAUUAUUUAAGCCUUGUCAUCGCAUUUUAUACUAGUGCAAAUGGAAUAAACUAUGCCUAUCUGAAUAAUGUGACAUAUAGUUCAGAUGCUAAUUACAUGUCUAUGACACCUGCUCCAACACAAGGAAUAACUUCAGACGAAUAUGCACCGUUACUUUAUCAAAUGGUAACCAAAUCUAAUAAUCUUGGUAUUCCAUCACCUCGUAUAGAACCUGGAAGUUCACUACCUACAAUUCAAAGUGAUGGAUAUGGUCACUAUUUAGUUCCUUAUGAAGCUAUUGUCGAUAUCUAUUUGAACAAUACAGAUACUGGCGAACAUCCAUUUCAUUUACAUGGUCAUAAAUUCUGGAUUAUUGCAACAUCGGAUUAUCCAAGUGCAGAAUUUUUAUAUGCUGGAAAUUAUAUUCAACGCGAUACAGUUAGUGUACCUGCAUUGGGUUGGGCAAAAAUACGAUAUGUAGCAAAUAAACCUGGUGCUUGGUUAUUUCAUUGUCAUAUUGAAUGGCAUAUGUCUGCUGGAUUAGCAUUAGCUUUCAUCACUUCACCUCAACAACUAUUAGCUGAAGGAUACACUAUUUCAUCAGAUGAACAAAAGUUAUGUCAAGCUCUACAAAAAUUCAAUAAGAAACAAAAUAGCAAAUAA